CAGUGAUUUCUCCGUCGUGUUUCGUGUGCGAAUGUUUUCAAAUUAAAGUUCGCUUCUAUGACAGAAAAGGCGUUCUUACCUUUAGAUACGAUUUGUAAAUCAUCUUGUGAUUAAAACAAAGCAUUCAGUUUAUAGUAAAAUGGCUGAUACAGAGUUGGCAAAAGCGUUGAAAGAUCUACACAUUCGAAUACAAACAGCAAGCCGGAAAGAACGGAAAACAACUAUUGACGAUGUAGUUGACGUCUUGUCAAACGAAGGUAUUACGGAAAAUAUUGUACGAGGCAUUUGCAAAGUUCUACAGUUAACUUUACCGAGAUACAGGGACAGCACAUCACAAGCGUAUGUCAAACAGUUAAUUGCAGAACUAACCGUAAAGCAUACAGACUGGACUGUAAAGCAUUUGACUGCGACCCUCAGUGAUGUAGCCAACUUUUAUAAAACUCUGUCACCAACUGCCAGUACAUCCCAGACAGGUUUAUUCGCUUUGGGAUGGUCUUGUUUAUUGGUGCAGAAUGGAUUUAAGAACUGUUCAGAUAAUACAAAAGCAGAGUUUAGACGCCUGAUUGAAGUACAAGCAAUGCUUCUAAAUAUAGUUGUAGCUGCAAGGCGUCCUAAGAAGAGUCAUAAGGCUUAUCACCUCCUUUCAACAACUUGGAAAUCUGUUAAGGAAUGCGAAGAACUGUAUGUAAAUGCAAUUACAAAUUUGGAUCCUGGAGCUCAUGUCCUAGUUCUUGGAUCCUGCCUUAUACAGUACUUGACAUGUAUGAAGAAAACAGAUUUAUUUAAUAAAUUUAAGGCACACUUGUUAGACAUUUUUAUUAAAGUAGCUAUUAGCUGCAAAACAAAACCAUCACUAUUUCUGAUUGAGGAAUCACGACCAUUACUCAAACAUGUUAAUCAUGAAGAGUUUAAACAAACUUUGCUUCCUGCUAUGCAGAAAGCAAUGCUGAGAAAUCCAGAAGUAAUUUUAGAAUGUAUUGGAUAUGUUUUGGUGGGUCUUUCCAUUGACCUGAGUCAGUAUGCAAAAGACAUUGGAAAAAACCUAGCAGCAAAUCUACAUUCAAAAGAUGACUUGGCUCGUGAUGAAGCAGCAGCAGCCUGCCGUAAUUUGGCCCUGCAGUGUAGUGACCCUGGAGCAUUGGAAGACCUGUUACAACAUCUGUUUAAUGUUUUCCAUGGUUCAGAAGGAAAACUUACAGUUGCAACACACAAGAUGAGUGUGUUACAGGGUGCUGGCAACCUUAGUUACAAUGCAGUUACAGGAAGCAGCAUCCACCUUUUAGCAUCACAAGCAGCAGAUCAUUUUAUAAAAGUUUUGGAUGUAGAAGUCCAUGAGAAAACAUUAAUUCAUGCACUGGAUAUGUUUUCCCUUUGGUGCUCAAAGUUCAGUAAUGAAGUGCCUCAGAAAGUUAUAGAUUGGUUGAAGAAAGGACCUGGACUGAAGACUUCCACUGCUCCUGUUCGCACAGCUUAUAUUGGCUGCAUGUCUGCUUGCUUUUCUGGAAAUACUUUAAUGCAAGGCCUGGAUUUUAUACCAUUUCUGUUGAAAACUGUUGAGAAAGCCGUAUCACAAUCUGCUCAGAUUCCUGUUGUGACAGAAGCUCUGAGUGCAACAUGUAUGCUUCUGAAAAUGGCUUCAGCAGAUGUUGCAUUAGAGAAGAAAUUAGGAAAUUUAUGGAAUAUAGUACUGGAUAUGGACAAACAGCUUUUUGUAUCUGAUAAAUUCCUAACUCUUGCUUCAGAUGAUGCUUUGUGCCAUGUUAUGCAGUUAUGUGAAAGACUUUUACUUGACCACCCUCAUAAAUUAAAUGGCAAAGCAAAUCCAUUGCAUAAAGCCAUUAUAUUUUGUAUGACUUCACCUGCAUCCAAAGUGCGGCAGCAUUGCCAUGCUUCUGUGAAAAAACUUGUUUCUGUUUUGGGAGGAACACAGCUUGCUGUAUCACUUUUGAGAGAAUUUACCAAGUUCCUUGACUCACCACGAAUUCAGAGGGAAGCAGUUAAAGAAAUUGAGGGGAGUGAUACAUCUGGGAUGGACAUGUCUCCAAAAGUUUUAGUAAACUGUAUAACUACAUUCUGUGCCGGUACAAAUUUAGUUCCAGAAGACGCACAGCUUUUGGCAUUUGAAUGUCUUAUAUGCUGUCAUCAUCGAUCAGUGUUUCCACAUUCACCAGAGUUGUGGUUGAAGAUAUUGAAAUAUUUGAAACAAGAUCCAAAGGAGUUUAUAUUAAUUAACAAAAAUAAAUUAAGAAGGUUAUUGAUACAAGAUUAUACUGCAUCUCCUAGUCUUGAAAAUUGUCUAAGAACAGUAACAAGGUUGAGUCCAGCAGAAAUGGUACCUUCUGUAAUAGAAUUUUCUAGUGAAUAUCUCAAUUCAUCUGACAUCUUGCAUGUAACAAAAGAUGAAUAUUUCACCUAUCUGACACCAGAAGGAGAGCUCUAUGAUAAAAGUGUUAUUGCUGGAAAAGAUGCAGACGACGAUCUAAAUAUAAAGAAUAUGAAGAGAGAAAGCAAGGCUUAUUCAUAUAAGGAACAGUUAGAAGAGCUGCAGUUGCGACGUGAACUAGAGGAAAAGAAAAGGAGAGAAGGAAAACUGAAAGAACCAGAACUAACUCCAAAACAGAAGGAAAUUUUAAGACUUCAGUUGGAAAAAGAAAGUGCUAUAAGGGCAAGACUGACUGAACUGAACAGUAAUCUAAUCCGUGUGGUUUCCAUGAUAAGAGCUACAAUGGAAGGAAACCAAACUGAACUGAGCCUGUAUUUCCGAGAUCUUAUCCCUAUGAUAUUGAGAAAUUUUCCAUCGCCAUUAGCAGCACCGUAUCUUACCAAAUUGUUCCUAGAUAUCAGGAAAUGUGUCUUUUCUGGUCACUUGAAUCAUCUUGGACAGUUGGUGGGUCAUGUUGUUUUACGUCUGCAGUCACCACAAUGUGAUUUAGAUCCAGCUUGGGAAGAGGAAGCACUACUUGCUGCCGUCACUCGCACUAUCUCAAUCCUUCACAGGUUAACAGUAUAUCCCAAAAGGAAGAUUACAGGCAGUGACCCACCAAAACUACUCUUACCUGCACCAUCAUUCUGUUACUGUUUCCCACUUCUACGAUCUGCACUUUUGUCAUCGGCUAUUAAACUUGAUGAAGGCGUUAUUUUAUCAACAUUGCAAAUAAUCUCGGAGCACGCACAACUGAGGGGGCAACGUACUGCAAGGACAGUUAUUGGCGACAGUGAUCUGUAUCAUCCAAGGCUGCUUCCACGAAAACAAAUGUUUGAACUGUUAAUAGACAUGAUAAGUCGUACAAGUGGAAGAGUUCAGCAGCAAGCUGGAGCAGCAUUGCUUGAUGUUGCAACUUCUGGAUCUGCUCGAGAUGGUUGUGCUCGCGCGAGCAGCGAAGAAAUUGAUAGUCUGCUUUCUGCAUUACAAAACCCUUCAGAAGUUGUUCGUGAUGCUGCGUUAAGGGCGCUAGCUGCAAUGGUUCAGGCAUUGCCUUCUUUUAAAGAGGAUUAUGAUCAAGCCUUAAGAUUAAUAAAACGAAUAUGGGUGGCACGUUUCGAUGUGUGUCCUGAAAACAGAGCUUUGGCUGACAAACUUUGGGAUAUAUCACAAAUGAGAUUCCCUACAGCCCUUUAUGAAGAGUUAUUGACAGACAUAAUUCAUCCAGUAGAAGAAAUUCAACGGGCAGCUGCAGAAGCUCUUGCCGCCCUACUAAGGGAGGAAAUGGGGCUUGUAGAACCUGUUUUGGAAAAACUUCUCGCCAUCUACCAUGAGAAACUAGCAAUUCUCCCUCCAAAAUUGGAUAGUUUUGGUCGAGUCAUUGAGCAGCCUGUUGACACUUGGGAACCAAGAAGUGGAGUGGCUUUAGCCCUGGCACAAAUUGCUCCUCUUUUGAAACCUACAUCAGUUUCGAGUCUUAUUACAUUCUUUGUGUCAACGGGUUUGGGUGACAGAAGCCCAGAAGUGCGCAAGAAUAUGCUUGCUGCAGCUUUGGCAGCAGUGGACUUGCAUGGAAAAGAAACUGUAAACAGUCUUCUGCCAGUUUUUGAAGACUUUUUGGAUAAGGCUCCAGAUUCUGGCAGUUUUGAUGCUGUACGCCAGUCAGUUGUGAUUUUGAUGGGUUCCUUAGCACGGCAUUUGGAGAAGGAUGAUAGGAAAGUUAAACCUAUUGUUGGGAAACUUAUUGAUGCUUUGUCCACCCCAUCACAACAGGUACAAGAAGCAGUUGCCAAUUGUCUCCCCCCGUUAGUCCCUGCUGUAAAAGAUGAUGCGCCAUUAUUGGUUCAAAAAUUACUCCAUCAGCUUUUAGAAUCAGAAAAUUAUGGUGAAAGGAAAGGUGCAGCAUACGGCUUGGCUGGCCUAGUGAAGGGAAUGGGUAUCCUUGCACUGAAGCAGCUGGAUAUUAUGAACACUCUUACAACAGCAAUUCAAAAUAAAAAGAAUUUCCGCCACAGAGAAGGUGCUCUGUUUGCUUUUGAAAUGCUGUGCCAGAUGCUUGGGCGCUUAUUUGAGCCGUACAUUGUUCAUGUCUUGCCCCAUCUUUUGCUGUGUUUUGGCGAUGGGAGUCAAUAUGUACGUGAUGCGACUGAUGACACAGCUAGAGUUGUAAUGAGUAAACUGUCAGCUCAUGGUGUGAAAUUAGUGCUUCCAUCUCUCCUAGCAGCAUUGGAGGAAGAUUCUUGGAGAACAAAGACAGGCUCUGUUGAACUCUUGGGUGCUAUGGCCUAUUGUGCACCAAAACAACUUUCAUCUUGUCUGCCCAGCAUUGUCCCAAAACUGAUAGAAGUAUUGAGUGAUUCCCAUGUAAAAGUGCAAAAAGCAGGAGCUCAGGCACUGAAACUUAUUGGUUCAGUCAUCCGUAACCCAGAAAUCCAGACAAUUGUCCCAGUUUUACUGGAGGCUCUACAGGACCCAUCAAAUAAGACCGCCACAUGCUUACAGACUCUUCUUGACACACAGUUUGUUCACUUCAUUGAUGCUCCGUCGUUGGCACUCAUUAUGCCAGUUGUGCAAAGAGCAUUUAUGGACAGAUCUACAGAGACACGUAAAAUGGCUGCUCAGAUAAUAGGAAAUAUGUAUUCCUUGACAGAUCAGAAAGAUUUAACACCAUAUCUCCCAACUAUCAUCCCAGGACUGAAAACAUCGUUACUGGAUCCUGUACCAGAGGUUCGUAGUGUAUCAGCAAGAGCUCUUGGUGCCAUGGUACGAGGUAUGGGAGAAUCAAGCUUUGAAGAUCUGCUCCCAUGGCUUAUGCAGACAUUAACAUCAGAAUCAAGCUCAGUGGACCGCUCUGGUGCAGCUCAGGGCCUUAGUGAAGUUGUUGGUGGUCUGGGAGUUGAGAAGCUUCAUAAAUUAAUGCCUGAAAUAAUAAGCACAGCUGAAAGAACUGAUAUCGCUCCACAUGUGAAAGAUGGUUACAUAAUGAUGUUUAUUUAUAUGCCUGUAGUCUUCACUAAUGAAUUUACUCCAUACAUAGGGCAAAUAAUUAAUCCUAUUCUUAAGGCUCUGGCAGAUGAAAAUGAAUAUGUCAGAGACACAGCAUUAAAGGCAGGACAAAGAAUUGUUAAUCUGUAUGCUGACACAGCCAUAAUGCUACUGUUGCCAGAACUUGAAAAAGGGUUGUUUGAUGACAACUGGAGAAUUCGUUACAGCUCUGUGCAGCUGUUGGGAGACCUGCUUUAUAGAAUAUCAGGAGUCUCUGGAAAAAUGAGUACAGAAACUGCAGAUGAAGAUGACAAUUUUGGUACUGAACAGUCACACCAAGCAAUUAUUGAAGCUCUUGGUGGUGGUCGACGUAAUCGUGUUUUGGCUGGCCUUUACAUGGGAAGGUCAGAUGUAGCUCUAAUGGUAAGACAAGCUGCCUUGCAUGUGUGGAAAGUUGUGGUGACAAACACACCCCGUACACUACGAGAAAUAUUGCCAACCCUUUUCAGCUUGCUGCUUGGAUGUCUUGCAAGUACAAGCUACGAUAAGAGACAGGUUGCUGCGAGAACUCUGGGAGAUUUGGUACGGAAGCUUGGAGAGCGUGUACUUCCGGAAAUAAUACCAAUUUUAGAAAAAGGCCUCGAGUCGGAUCAACCAGACCAGCGACAAGGAGUGUGCAUUGGUCUUUCUGAAAUAAUGGCCUCUACCAGUAGAGACAUGGUUCUGACAUUUGUGAAUAGUCUUGUUCCUACUGUCCGUAAGGCUCUUUGUGAUCCUCUACCUGAAGUAAGGCAGGCAGCUGCAAAAACAUUUGACAGUCUUCAUUCAACUGUUGGAGUUCGAGCAUUGGAUGACAUUCUGCCUGCAAUGUUGAAUCAAUUGAAUAGCCCUGAUCCAAAGAUCGCUGAAUCUACUUUGGAUGGAUUACGUCAGGUUAUGGCAAUUAAAUCAAGAGUUGUGCUACCUUAUCUGGUUCCCCAGCUGAUAGCGCCACCUCGGGUGAAUACCAAGGCUUUGUCAAUAUUGGCUUCUGUUGCUGGUGAAGCUCUUACAAAGUACCUGAACAAAAUUCUUCCAGCACUGCUCUCUGCUCUUUCUGCUGCUCAAGGUACACCACAGGAAGCUCAGGAAUUGGAAUACUGUCAGGCCGUGGUCCUUUCAGUAACUGAUGAAGUAGGUAUCCGUACAAUAAUGGAUCAGUUGAUGGAAUCAACUCGAUCAGAUAAAGUUGAAGUACGCCGUUCAUCCGUGACACUACUGUGUGCGUUUUGUAGGCACACGCAUGCUGAUUAUUCCCAGUAUGUUCCACAGUUGCUACGUGGCCUUAUUCAUCUUUUCACUGAUUCCAAUAAAGAAGUUCUUCAGAUGGCAUGGGAAGCUCUGAAUGCUGUUACAAAGACCUUGGAUCCAACACAGCAAACAGCCCAUGUGGGAGAUAUAAGGCAAGCUGUAAGAUUUGCUGUAAGUGACUUAAAGGGUCAAGAACUGCUGCCUGGAUUUUGUCUUCCAAAGGGUAUCACACCCAUACUUCCGAUUUUCCGUGAAGCAAUUCUGAAUGGUUUACCAGAAGUGAAGGAGCAAGCAGCACAAGGUCUUGGGGAAGUUAUUCGCCUGACCAGUGCUGAAGCUUUGCAACCAUCUGUUGUUCACAUUACAGGUCCAUUAAUUAGAAUACUUGGAGAUCGUUUCAACUGGAAUGUCAAAGCAGCUGUGCUAGAAACAUUAGCACUGUUGCUUGCGAAGGUUGGAGUGAUGUUGAAGCAGUUUCUGCCACAGCUGCAAACAACUUUCCUGAAGGCUCUGAAUGAUUCUAAUCGCCAAGUUAGGAUAAAAGCCGCGAAUGCCUUAAGUCACCUAAUUGUUAUCCAUACUAGAGCAGAUCCAUUGUUUACAGAACUUCAUGCUGGUGUUCGGUCAUCAGAUGAUCCUGCAAUAAGAGAAACAAUGCUACAAGCUCUACGAGGUGUCAUUACUCCAGCAGGAGAUAAAAUGACAGAACCUCUUCGGAAAGCUGUUUAUGUGACCCUGACUGGCAUGUUGGGACACUCUGAGGAUGUGACACGAGCUGCUGUUGCUGGGUGUUUAGGAGCUCUUUGCCGCUGGUUGUCACCUGAACAGCUACAUGCUACCCUUACAGACCAUUUGUUGUAUGAUGAUGUUCCUAUGGACUGGACACUUCGUCACGGAAGAAGUGCAGCCCUUUCUGUUGCUCUUAAGGAAGCAGCUCCUGUUGUUUAUACUGAUGACUAUAAGGAAAAGAUAUGCAGGGUAUUGUUGGGAUAUCUAAUGGCAGAUAGAGUUCCCAUUGCAAUGAAUGGUGUCCGUGGCUGUGGCUAUCUCUUCCAGCAUUUGAUGUCAACAGGACAACAGCUUCCACAGCAACUUCUUGUACCAUUUGUAAGGACAAUGAAUCAUAGCAGCAAUGAAGUUAAACAACUUCUUGCCAAGGUCUGUUCAUCACUAGCUAAGAAUGUUCCUCCGCAACAAAUGGCGCCAGAGUUCCUGAAGCUCAUUAUACCUAUGUUAGUAAAUGGAACCAAGGAGAAAAACAGUUACGUGAAAGCCAAUAGUGAAUUUGCCCUAGUUUCUGUUCUUCGACUGAGGCAUGGGGAUGAGAUGCAACAGCGUUGCCUGAAUCUUCUGGAUGUUGGUGCCCGUGAGUCACUCAGUGAUGUCAUCAGCAAAGUACUGCGCAAGGUUGCCAAUCAGCCUGAAGGGAAGGAAGAAGAUUUAGAUGAUACUUUAAUAACAUGAUUGUGUGUGCAUUCUCGAAGAUAUGUGCUGAAACAUUUAGUUGUCACUCUGCAAAUUAAUUGUGGCACUAAGGUGUUUUUUAUGUGUAUUACAUUCUGUCAUCACUGGCAGACAGUGGAUUGUACAUGUUGUGAAGUGAUUUAUGUAAUUUGUGACAUAAAUAUCUGUAUGAAAGAGAAAUGACUUUUAACGUAUCUAGAGA